AUGGAGUUCAAGUAUUAUGCUCUAAGUUGGUGGAAACAGGUUGAGACGGCACGAGCUUAUAGUGGAGCUUAUGAGAUCUCUACUUGGGGAGAAAUGAAAAGGGUUAUGAGGCAGCGGUUCGUUCCCAUUCACUAUCAGCGUGAGCUGCACUCUAAACUCAGGAAGCUCACUCAAGAAUCCAAAACCGUUGAAGAAUACUUCCAGGAGAUGGAGGUUAUGAUGUUGAGAGCUAAUGUGAUUGAGGACAGAGAAGCCACUAUGUCCAGGUUCCUUGGAGGGCUCAACCGCGAAAUACAAGAUGUUGUGGAGAUGCAAAAUUGUGUAGGCUUGGAAGCUAUGCUGCACAAGGCUGUUCUUGCCGAACAACAGCUCAACAGGAAAGGAAAGCUUAAGACAGAGGUGACUCCUACUACCAGGGCUCGUGAGGUCAAGUGUUUCAAGUGUCAAGGGUUUGGUCACUAUGCUACUGAAUGUUCCAACCGCAGAGUUAUGAUCAUCAGCGACAAUGGCGAGAUUGAAUCUGAGGAAGAGCCUACGCCCAAGACUGUUAAGGACACAGAGGAGUAUGAAGCAGUACCAGUUCUUGGUAAGCUCCCUGUGACAAGAACACUUCUCAGUGCUCAAGACCAAACAGAGGAAGAGGAGCAAAGAGAGAAUCUAUUUUAUUUGACAUGCCCUGUUCAAGAUGAAGCCUGUAGUCUGAUCACUCAUGGAGGCAACUAUACAAACGUGGCAAGUGAGACCAUGGUCAAGAAACUUGGGCUUAAGUCUCAGAAGCAUUCUAGCGCCAAUGACCAAGAGCUAGGGCCUGAGCUUGAACCUAAUCAAGAAGCUGAAGACCAUGGAGAGCCAAAACCUAAGCAGCCAAACAAAACAUUGAGCAAUUUGUAUCAAGGUACCAAAGGUGAAUCUGUUCAAACCUCUUCCUGUGAUUUGCAAGAAAUUGUUCAAGUCCCUAGCAAUGAUAAGGUACAUGCUAGACUCCCUCAAAUUGUUUAUAAUGAUUCCAUGAGUUGUAUGAUGCACUUGCUUUUCUCCAAAAGUGUUGAGACAGAUACAGGGUCUAGUGAAGAACAAUGGAAGCAAGCAGAUCUAGAAAAAGAAGCUCAAUCCGACCAGAUUGCACCAAAGUCUAAACCACCAGAUCAACAACUACAAGGACUAAGCACUACAUGCUUCAUGUUGACAGAGUUUAGGGCGGAACCACACAUUCAGCCUGACCCAGGUAAGUGUCUACAACCUUUUUCAAUUAGUAAAACUCAUGAGUUUUCUAAUGUUGCAGGAAGAAUAGGUUUGAAUCUUAAGCUCUCCAACAAAAAGAUCAGAAGUGAAAUCACAAUUUCUGUUGAGAAAGCACCUAAUGAUGAGUUAGACCAUGAGUUCAAUCCAGAACCGAACAACAAGUGGAAGUCAAAAACAGAACAAGGAUACAGUCAAGCCAUGUCUACUGCUAAGCUAAGUGAAAUCUUAAACCAACACAUUCAUCCUGUCUUUUUAACUGUCUUAAUGCACUUGUCUUGGUUUAAAGAAGUUGAGAAAGGUACAGCUGAGCAAGAGAGGCGCCUAGAAGCUCACAAAGCAUUAACUUGUCAUACCAAGAAGGAGUAUGAGCAGCAUGUUCUUGAGCCAAUUGCCGCAGCUGAUUCACUAAUGAGCAUUUUGCAUAACACACAUGUAAGUGAAGUUCAAUACUUGACUUACUAUUGGGAUCAUUUCAUGAUACAUCAGAAACUUCAGAAUUUUGUUUUUGAAAUUCCCAUUUCAAGUAUAAUGCACUUGUUCUUUUCCUUGAGUGUCAACAAAAGAUCAGGUUUUAUGGAGAAGCAUAAGGAAUUGGAAGAAGCAGCAUCAAAGAACAACACUUCCUCAUCUCACGUUCAUCUCAUUUCCUGUGCACCUAUGGUUCUUUCUUUGAGUUCUCUAUUUACCAAAGGCGAGGACAAACUGAACCAAAAUCAAGAGGAGUGGCUCACAUGUUCCAAUCCAAUUCCAGAGAAACCACCAGACUCUUAUCUGCGAUAUCCAAAGAAGAAAACCCAAGGUCAACUAGUUUUGAGGACAAAACUUUUUCAAGAGGGAGGGGAUGAUAUGAUCAUGCCCAGCACUGGAGACAUGGAACUUGAAGCUGAGCUUGAACCUGAUGGAGCUAAACAUGUGGAGCUGGAACCUGAUGGAAUUAAAGACAUAAAGCUUGAGGUUGAGGAGAAACUUGAUGUCAUGGACAAACUUGUUGCCAACUAG